AUGAGCGCAAUAACAACUAUUCAUGCCGCUCGUGAAUGUGCGCGUACCCUGCUUUUCGAGAGCCUGCGAAUCGACGCAUUCAAAGGUGCUGUUCCGCAUGUGCUGCUUGUUGUUGAUAGCACCCCGUGCGUCCAGCAGAAAGCCCUGAUUGAGGGCUAUCACCAGAUCCUUGAGGAGUACAACAACCGCGCCAAGAAUGCCAACCAGCUGGAGGAGGCGAGCCGUGGGAACACCUUAAUCUCGAUGAAUCACGCAGUGCCGACGCCCUGUGGGUCAUCCAGCUUGUUUUCCCCCUCUAAUGUUAGAGUGCGCGCCGACGGUGGGAGUUCGAUUUCAUACUCCAUCGUGCCUUUCUCACGGUUCAGCUUUGUUAAGGAUGUGAAACGUCUGCAGUCCUUUUUUCGCCAUUGCGGGGAGGGGGCAGCGUUCCAUUCCCAAGCCGAGGCCACCUCAGACGCGGCUGCCGCGCCGGCACGUUGGGCGGAUGAGAAGUUCCUGCGCACUUUGAACGAGUUGGCCGCGUAUCUGCAGCCGCUUUCCGCCUCGGGGGCUCCGCACUCGGCGGAUGAAAAAGAGGCGCUUGACGAUAACGAAAGUUGCCCGCUCGUACGCCAAUUAUCGCCCAAUGAGGCCGCGGAGCUUUACGCCUCGCUUCGCGGUCCCAAAGCCCCGCUCCGCGAGCUACUUGGCGUUAUUUUAAUUCAGCGGAAUGCCUUUCAGACCGAGCUCAAGCAGUACCGGCUACGUCUCAGCCUCUUUGACAUGGGCCUGCGCGUGGCUGAGCACUGCCAUUUGGAGUGCAUGAGCGUCAAGGCGGAUGCCCUGGCGGCUGACGGUCGUUUUGUCGAAGCCCUGAAAGAGGACCAAGUCUACAGCUACGCUCGAUCCUGCUCCCUGCGGCCGAGCAUCGUGGAGUCGAUCGGAAAAGCGAUUGCCGAUUCCAUAGACAGCUUAUCAUGGAGGCGACCAUCCUGGGAAAAUGGUGAGGACGCAAAAGUUUCUUUGCCUUCACCGGAAUCAUUAAAAAAUUGUAUUCAGGACACCUCCGUUUGGGAGCUUCUGAAGUCUGGUUCCAUAGCUUGGAAAGGGUUGGAAGAUGGGGUGGGGGGAAAGAAACAAGCUCUUGGGAACCGCGGUGGGGUACUUGGCGAUGAGCCAAUCUGCGGGGUGGGCGAACCCCUAAGGAUCGUGUGCAAAGAAGACCCUGAGCAUGUCCUCGUCUUUUCCGGUGGGAUGGAAAGCUGCUUGAUGAAUACAGGGCAUUACCCAGCGGCGGGGGAGGCAACGCGGAACGACGUGCACGCCCAUCGCCGACGUUUUGCCAACACUACGGACGACGAACUCCUCGAUGGGGCGGGGGGGAGCACCUCGCCAGAGCCCUCUCCGACCACGGGGACUGUAGAACGUGGGGCCUUGAAAAAGAAAGAGUAUCUCGCUAUGCUCAAGCAAAAGGGUCAGAAACCUAACAAAGCACCCCAAAUCGACAGCGAUGAUGACGAGCACAGUACCCUUACGCGGCGAACUUGCAAUACUUCAGCGACCGAGGCUACGGGUUCUCGUAUAACAGCAAGCAUCGGCGGCACUUUUCCGAUUGGGGAGGUGAUCACCGAGUCCUUCGACCUUUCAAAAUUAAACGGUACCUGCGAAGUCUUUGCGUUUCCAGAUCACUUUAAGCAUGUCACUCUAUCAAUUCCUAAACCUUUUUUGAUGACUAUUGAGGGUGGACACGUGGCAAGCGUCAGCGAAGAUGCCCCCGAUGAGUUCAUUGACAUGUUGAGCCUAGUGCGUCAGUCGGAAGGCGAAUGCUGGGUGCGAGAGCUAGGUAUUGGCUUAAAUCCUUUCACUGGACUUCUUCAUAUCCUUUCGGAUGUAACUUCGUUCGAGCGACAGUGGGGAAUUCAUCUUUCGCUGGGAAAACGACAUCCUCUCUUUGUAAAACAGAAAGCGUGUCGGAAUGCGGAUGGAUCAAUUUCCGCCGAGGUCCAGGUUGAAGGACCUGUGCUGAAGCGUAAAGAGGGUAAAUAUCAUAUAGACGUGUUCAUUAACGCAGCAAAACUUAUUAUGGGUGACCUCGAAGUCGACUUCACGAAAGGGAAGGUAAUUCAUUAA